GGAGUUGAGAGUAUUUAAAUCGUCAUAUCUCUGCGUUCAUUGGUUUUUCAGCGGGCCGGCUUACCCGUCAUUGGCUAGCGGGCGGAGGAGGAGGGGUUCGGCUGUCCUCCCCUGACAUGGCCGAGGGCAGCAGCUGGCGGCCGCCGCGCCCUUGCGAGGCCUACCGCGCGGAGUGGAACCUCUGCCGCAGCGCUCGGCACUUCCUGCACAACUACUACGUCCACGGCGAGCGGCCGGCCUGCGAGCAGUGGCGGCGCGACCUGGACAGCUGCCGCGAGUGGGAGGAGCGCCGGAGCGCCGAGGCCCAGGUGGGGCUGGUGCACAACCCUAAGGACGGUGACUGGUCCACACAUUCUAGUGAGUACGUGGGAGCUUCUGCUUGGCUUGGAACAUGGAGCCCAACGUAUCCAGCCCUACUUGCCCACCCCUCACCUGUGUUCAGGGUUCCCCACUGCUUCUACGCUCUGGAAGACAAUUUUGCCCACUGCACAGCAUCCAGGAAGCCAGACACCAUUGCAAAUUGCUGUGAGCAGCCAGGUUGGGCUGGCCCAUGUUCCACCCUGGCAAUAACAGCACAGGAGAUGGCUGUCCUGAGAAUUCUAUGUGUCCACAUGGGUCAGUAGCCCCGUGAGGGGUCAGAAUGAGGUAGCUAAAUGGAUGUGCUGCCAUGAACACUUUAUCCAGCCCUGGCUUGGUGAUGACCAUGCAUUGCCAGCCACUGGUGCUCACACUUGGCUAUGGCCCACUUGCUCAGUACCUCUGUAGACAGAGGUGGGGCGUUACCUCUGGACCAGCAUGUUGUACCUCCUAGGCUAACAGGAGGUGAGAUUCUGCUUUUUAAGAAAUGCACACAGCUGCAGAACACACCACCUUGCAUACAAAGGGUUCAUGGACUCUUGGCUUAAGAAACCCAAGACUCAUGGAAUUUUGGCCUGCUAACCUUAAAAUUUCCCCUGAUCAUUUUUUGAAAAUGUGGAAUAUGUCAAAAGCCAUUUUACAUAUUAGAUUGCAAAGAGAAGCUGAAAAUUAAAUCCACAAUUUAAUUGUUGAAAUUGUUCGAUUUUGGAUCUGACGUUGUUCUCGGAUAGUUAGAAUUUUUUAUGCACAUAUUCCUGUAGAUGUUGUAAAUAUGUAUGUGUCUGAACCAACAAGAACUCUAGUUUUUGAAGAGGUUUUCAUUAUUACUCAUAAAAUGAUUUAGCAUCUUGUAGCUUCAUAGCAGGCCCCCUUGUAUGGUGCUCAGUCAGGUCAGCCCACUGGGUCUUAGUACCUCCUUCAUGACAGGGCCCCAACCUGGCCACAGGUGGUACGUCAGGCAUCUUUUAACUCAUUCUUUGGGGCAACAUAAUGUAUGACUUGAAGGCAUACAUUAAACGAUAAAAUGUCCCCUUCUGUGCAUUUUCUCCUGUGUACCCCAAGAGUCCCUGUGAUUGCAUGUGUACCUGUGAGUGGUAGGGGGUGCACGUAGGACCCCAGGAGCAGAAUCAAGUACAAAGAGCCAGGAACCCCCAUCCCAGGGGUAGCCUUGCUGUGUCUGAACCUGCCAGAGCAUCUCCGUUGUGGCUGUAGCUGCAGCUGCUUUCAUGGGGGCAAGUCUGAUUUCUGGCCAAGGAGGAAAGAGGGAAAGCUGCUAGAUUUACAAUCAUUCUCCUUCCUCACUCUGAAAUACUUGGAAGGGACAUUUGAAUUUUGUGAUUUGCAUGUGAUGCCUGAAAAUGCAGCAGCUUCCUUGGGGCUCCUGGGGUGGGCAGAAAAAGCCUGGGAGCAGCAACCAACACAGCAGUCCUGAGGUGUUCACCCUUGGGAGCCACACUCCCUGUUGUCUACUUGAUCAGGAUUCCCUGCAGCUGAAUGCUGUUUUAGGAGGUUCUAUCCUUCUUGGCUAUACAGAGUCCCACAUUGAGAUAAUCACCACUCGAGACAGAAUGUUCCUGUAUCUGUUCCUCUGUUUACCCCUUCACACCUGAGCACCUGCUAUCUGCGGGGUGGGGUUUGAGACUCUGGGAUCACAGCCUUGCAAUGGACAAUUUGCCUUCGAAGAACUGCAGUUGUACGAGUAGUUUAGGGGACCAACGUAAACAUUUAAACGUUAAAUGAAGGUCUAAAAUGAUGGUAGGUGCCGUGAAGGAACUGGUCAGUGAUAAGACAGAAGUGUCUUUCAAACUUUUUGGACAAAACCUAUAGCAACAAGUAUGUUAUAGUCUGGUACAUACUGUUAUAGCAUAUAUGUUUUUGUUGUUUUAAAUCUAAGCAGUCAUCUUGUUUUAGGUGGGUACAAAAAAAGUCAAUAACUUUGAUUUAACAAAUAAAAACGACAGAAAAAUAUGACUUUGGUUAUUUCAAAAGCAAAAUGCUGUAAUAAACAAGCUUCACAAAAUAA